ACACCUUCACUGCCUUUGAAUUGGUGGCUGUUACGUCACCAGAGCGCACUUAGAGGCGCGUGUCAUGCGUGCGGAAGACGCUUUGGACUCCGUGUCAAACCUUUGGCAAAGUGCACGCGCCGCCCUGCGCCACACGGUGCCGAUGACGCGCAGCCAGGGCGCAUUUCUUCAAUUCCCCUCUCCAGACAUUGGACGCACGACCAGACCACGGCGCCGCUCUUAACUCCACGUUUACGCGCGACCGUCGAUCCCCAAUGUAUUAUUCACGACCGAAACUUCACCAACUUGUCCGUUGGAUCCGCAAAUGGCUCCCGGUGUGAGGAGUGGGCGGACAGGUGACCGCGGCGCCGGUGGCCGCUCGCCGCGGACCGCGUGCAGAACGGAUGGCGGCGGCGGAGAAGCAGCAGGAGGAGAGCGGAGCUGUGUGAGGAGAACAGGAGGAGCAGCGGGGAUGCUGCUGCUGAUGAUUCUCUCACUUCUUGCCCGGUGCGCUUUGGCCGCAGAGGAAAAAUCCAUCUAUGAUGCCUCGGGCUCCUCAUCUUUACUGAGUGACUCGUUGGUCACAGCUGCUCCUGCUCAGCCAUUGGUUGACCUGCCAGAGGGGGAGGAGGUGCCUUUCUCCAUCGUUCAUUCACAUGGUGACCCAAAGUCCAUGGAAGAGCGUUUAGCAGGGCAACCUGCCUUUUCUUCUGUGUUAACCUUUGAAGCAAGAAAUGCCAGUCGAACCUCACCGACCGUCACUAGGGAUGAGAACCACACCACCCAAUGGCCUUCAAAUUAUUCUCACCAGGGCGCAGAGAUGUCCUCAUCAUUUGUACCUGCAGGCCCCGAUAGGACCCUCCCUACCAGCUCAGAGUUGUCUCCUGGAACAUCCAGAGCAGGGGAGCUCAUGUUCCCCAAAGAAAAAGAGGCGGGUCUCAGCACCUCUCAGUCAGUAAGAAUGACUCUCUCUGCUGGGCUCACCGAGAGGACAUCUCAGGUAUUGCCACUGACCCCUGGACAUGACACCAUAACAGCCUCCGUGAAGCUUACCACCACAACCUUAGCUUCAACUACCAAAAUGAAAAACACAAGCACACCCUCUGUGAGAGUCACAACCAGAACUACGCAAUCAGACACAGCUACCACACCGCAGCCGUCCCCAGUGACCAGGAGAACAACAACAACCACAUCCACCAGAACACAGACCAGCAGGAGAACCUUCACACCGCUGGUCCCAAGAACGAACCCACCAAGAGUGUCCACCACCAUAUUUGUUUCUCCUUUUACCACCACAGCAGAAGCUCCACCACAGCAGUGCAACAUCACAGAGAGAAUGUGGGUAAAAACAGUUGUUUCCAUCUAUGUCAGAAGAAACAGGCUGGAUAGUAUCCAGAGACAAAACCUACGCCGGGGUCUAAGUCAAGGCCUCAGAAAAGCUCUGAAUAAUAGCGCCGCACAGGCACAGGUGGAAACUGUAUUCGGCUCUCCCAACAUGACGGUGGCUUAUCAUGUGACUGCAGGAGACAUGGUUUACCCUCCCUCCGUAGUGCUGGAGGGCUUGGACUCCUAUGGCCGCGAUAAGAUGAUUUCAGACCUACGACAGUAUCUCCCCAUGGUAACAGCACUGCCACUCCCAAUUGCAUUAUGGAGACGGAGUCCAGACACCAGCUUCCAACUGAAAACAGUGCUGCAGUUUGUUGGAGCGGCCGAUGACCCGCGCUCCUGUCGAUUCUCUCAAAUGAUGGAGCAGAGGCUGGAAAAGGUGUUUUCUGAAGCACAGGCCAAAGUGUUCAUGACCAUCAGCAGACUGUCUGUCCAGAUUCUGACUGUGUCUCAGUUGGCGCCGUCCCCUGCUGUAUCAUUGGUUUACACUGUGAGGAACGGGACGGUCUACCUUAAUGGCACCACUGCCUCAAACCUCCUUGGCCAGUUAUCAGCUGAGCUGGUUGGAUACUUCCUCUUCUAUCCACCCCUAAUUAUUGCUGAACCACUCGAGUAUCACAAUCUGAACACCUCUUCUGCAACCAGAGACUUCUGGGUGAUUACAGUAAUCCAGGAUGUGGAUAAUGCCAGCCUGGAGGGACAGUACCAAAGCUUUGCCAGUCUAAUGGAACAGCGGUUGGCAGAGUUGUUUGUGUUUGCUGGCCAGCAGGGCACGCGCUUCCGGCGAGCAACGACUGUAGGCAGCUACACUGUGCAGAUGGUGAACAUCCGCAGGGUGUCGGGGCUGAAGAAACAAGCUGAGAUGACUUACUACGUGCAACACAAUGGCAUUCCUUUAUCGGGCACGUCUGCCGCGAAAAUCCUGAACACAGUGGAUUCACAGACCAUGGCUCUCACGUUGGGAUACUUUGUCCAGCUGCAAGCAGAACCUGUGAUCAAGAACCCUCCGAAUAACCUCUGGAUAAUCGCUGCAGUGUUGGCUCCCAUUGCCAUAGUAACUCUUAUUAUCAUCAUCAUCACAGCUGUGCUUUGCAGAAAGAACAAGAAUGAUUUCAAAGCUGAUGCCAUUGGUAACCUCAAUCCCAGAGCUAAGAUGGUGUAUCGCAGAGAAGUGGGCUAUUAUCACCAGGCAGUUCAAGGUUUUGACUAUGCCAAGCAGCACUUGGGACAACAAGGAGGUGAUGAGGAGACAUUGCCUGUUACUCCGGACACCUUGGUGAUGUCUCUAAAAAUGCGUAAUGCACCACUUUCCCUGGACAAGGCUCUGCAACAAGAUGGCACCAACAAGAAGAACCUGAACACUGACAAACACACAUGCAAGUUGCCGAGUGAGGAUGGCUCCGUCAUCAGCAACGAAUCAGAGAAGCUGAAUACCAGCAGGGGCUUGACAGUGGCGAAAGUCACAGCACAGCAGAAACUGCUAAAGGAGGAGACUCGUAAGAAGGAUGAUCCAUAUGACUCCUCCUUUGGCUCCCUGCAGCUCAUUUCCAUAAAGCCUAUGGUGGCAGAGCCCGGCUACUCACAUCCUGCCUCCUCUGACCGCAGCCAAGGCUCAGCUAUCCUCAAUGGAGAGGUGAACCUGGCUCUGAAGCAGAGGUCAGAUGGAGAGCACUACAGGAACAAGCCACGGCUGAAGGCUAAGAGGAAGGGUUAUUAUGACUUUCCUUCCACUGAUGGCGACGGCAGCGGCAGUGGUCGGGCUCCAGCGUCGAGACAACGAUACAUCCAGGAGAGGGCAGCUGGUGAGCAUGGCAGACCGCUGGAGCCUGAUGAUAAGCGAGGUUCCACUUAUGUCAAGUCUCACAGGAGGCAAUCCCAGGUAGGACAGACAGACUAUCGCAGCAGACAGAGUCUGAGUAGCCCUAGCCCUGGAGGAACAGAGAUGGAUCUGCUUGUGAUGAGAGAGAAACCCCGGAGAGGCAUCCGCAACAGUGGUUAUGAUACUGAGCCGGAGAUCAUUGAGGAGACGAACGUUGACCGUCUAAUGGGGCAGAGGGUGUUUAUGUACGGGCGAGGGUUGAAAGGCCACUCUGAGACAUCCACGCUGAGCUCACAGCCGUCCAUUGAUGAAGUGCGACAGCAGAUGCACCUGCUGCUGGAGGAGGCAUUCAGCUUGGCAUCAGGGGGGCAGUCCACAUCCGGAAGGCACUCUCACCACCAUCACCCCGAUUCGGAUCAUUACAGCCCCGUCCCGCCUCCCCUUCCAUACGUAGACAUUGUGACCAGCGCUCCCGGUACGAUGAGCUGUGGAAGAGGAGGUCUGCAGUGGGUGCCUUCAUAUGGAGCAGAUAUGUAUCAGUGCAGUCUGCCUAAACCAGCCUUUCGCUUUACCCAACUCCCUGAGAUGUCCAUCAGAUCUCCUCCUCCUCUACCACCUCGGACUGGGCCCCCUGCCGGGACCCCUUUACGACGUUCCACUUCUGACUUGGGGCCUAAGGGCAGAAGCAUUGGGACAUCUGUCUCUGAAAUGAAGAGUCAAUAUGAGAACAACCCAUAUGGGCCACUGUCCAGAGCAGCACUCACACCCAUCACAACAGAUCAGCCUGUGUCCAACUACUCAGGAAACCCAAUAACAGCUGUCUAUGCCAUCCCAGCAACCAGGUCCAGUUACUCAGAAUACUAUGUAUCCACACCGCCCACCUCGUACCAUAGUCCGUCCUGGAUGUCCUACCCUCCUGAACCUGAGGAUGUGCCGCCGCAGUGGGCAGACGCUGUGCCCCUCCCAGGUUAUGUAGAGGCUUUCCCUCAUCCUCGCUACCCUCAGACAAACCCUCCUCGGCUCCCCCUGCAGUAUAACCAGGCACUGGAGCAGCCACCUCCUACUUCGGGCACAGCAUCCCAGCAAAGUCUGCCUCAGGUGGUAAAAGACAUGGACAGCAUGUCCCUGAGUAGCCUCUCCACGUCUGCAUUGGUGGAGGCUAUAAGGCAGGAGGUGGCCAAACUGGCAAAAAAGCAAAAUGACAUAUUUGAUUUCUAGCUCUGAUCCCACCCUUUUGUGUCCAUGAGAUGAUUGUGUGCCGUCUUCUACAGAAGCACGCUGCAGUGGUUCUCCUUCAACUAAUUUUUGUACUGCAAGACAGACUUGUUCUUGUCUACCAACUGGUUUUUGUCUUUCAUUAAACACACUAUGUAUGCUGGUGUUUUUGACCCUAUCUUUAAAAAGCAGAAAAGUGAUAGUGGGUUUGAAAGAAAAAUAUAU